GCCCCCCUCGGCAGGAUGCCGGACCAGAUCUCCGUGUCCGAGUUCAUCGCCGAGACCACCGAGGACUACAACUCGCCCACCACGUCCAGCUUCACCACGCGGCUGCACAACUGCAGGAACACCGUCACGCUGCUGGAGGAGGCUCUCGACCAAGAUAGAACAGCCCUACAGAAAGUAAAGAAGUCUGUAAAAGCAAUAUAUAAUUCUGGUCAAGAUCAUGUACAAAAUGAAGAAAACUAUGCACAAGUUCUUGAUAAGUUUGGAAGUAAUUUUUUAAGUCGGGACAACCCAGAUCUUGGCACUGCUUUCGUCAAGUUUUCCACUCUUACGAAGGAACUGUCCACACUGCUGAAAAAUCUGCUCCAGGGUCUGAGCCACAAUGUGAUCUUUACCUUGGAUUCCUUGUUAAAAGGAGACUUAAAGGGAGUCAAAGGAGAUCUCAAGAAGCCAUUUGACAAAGCGUGGAAAGAUUAUGAGACAAAGUUUACAAAAAUUGAAAAGGAAAAGAGAGAGCAUGCAAAACAGCAUGGGAUGAUCCGCACAGAGAUAACAGGAGCCGAGAUUGCAGAAGAAAUGGAGAAAGAAAGGCGCCUCUUUCAGCUCCAAAUGUGUGAAUAUCUCAUUAAAGUUAAUGAAAUCAAGACCAAAAAGGGUGUGGACCUGCUGCAGAACCUUAUAAAGUAUUAUCAUGCACAGUGCAAUUUCUUCCAAGAUGGCUUGAAAACAGCUGAUAAAUUGAAACAGUACAUUGAAAAACUGGCCGCUGAUUUAUAUAAUAUAAAGCAGACGCAGGAUGAAGAAAAGAAACAGCUGACUGCACUCCGAGACUUAAUAAAAUCCUCUCUUCAGCUUGAUCAGAAAGAAGAUUCCCAGAGCCGACAAGGAGGAUACAGCAUGCAUCAGCUCCAGGGCAAUAAGGAAUAUGGCAGUGAGAAGAAGGGGUACCUGCUGAAGAAAAGCGAUGGGCUCCGGAAAGUGUGGCAGAGAAGGAAGUGCGCAGUCAAGAAUGGAAUUCUGACCAUCUCACAUGCCACAUCUAACAGGCAGCCAGCUAAAUUGAACCUUCUCACCUGCCAGGUGAAACCAAAUGCCGAGGAUAAGAAGUCUUUUGACCUGAUAUCACAUAAUAGGACGUAUCACUUUCAAGCAGAAGAUGAGCAGGAUUAUGUAGCAUGGAUAUCAGUCUUGACGAAUAGCAAAGAGGAGGCGCUAACCAUGGCCUUCCGUGGAGAGCAGAGCACAGGGGAGAACAGCCUGGAAGAUCUGACAAAAGCCAUCAUUGAGGACGUCCAGCGGCUCCCUGGCAAUGACGUCUGCUGCGACUGUGGCUCAUCAGAACCUACCUGGCUUUCAACCAACUUGGGUAUUUUGACCUGUAUAGAAUGUUCCGGCAUCCAUAGGGAAAUGGGGGUUCAUAUUUCUCGCAUUCAGUCUUUGGAACUAGACAAAUUAGGAACUUCUGAACUCUUGCUGGCCAAGAACGUAGGAAACAAUAGUUUUAAUGAUAUUAUGGAAGCAAACUUACCCAGCCCCUCACCAAAGCCCACCCCUUCAAGUGAUAUGACUGCACGGAAAGAAUAUAUCACUGCAAAGUAUGUAGAUCAUAGGUUCUCAAGGAAGACCUGCUCUUCUUCAUCAGCUAAACUCAAUGAGUUGCUUGAGGCCAUCAAAUCCAGGGAUUUACUUGCACUAAUUCAAGUCUAUGCAGAGGGGGUCGAGCUCAUGGAACCCCUCCUGGAACCUGGGCAGGAGAUAGGGGAAACAGCCCUUCAUCUUGCAGUCCGAACUGCAGACCAGACAUCUCUCCAUUUGGUUGACUUCCUUGUACAAAACUGUGGGAACCUGGAUAAGCAGACUGCCCUGGGGAAUACAGUUCUGCACUACUGUAGUAUGUACGGGAAACCCGAGUGUCUGAAGCUGCUUCUCAGGAGCAAGCCCACUGUGGAUAUUGUCAACCAGGCUGGAGAAACUGCCCUGGACAUAGCAAAGAGACUAAAAGCUACUCAGUGUGAAGAUCUGCUCUCCCAGGCUAAAUCCGGAAAGUUCAAUCCACAUGUCCACGUAGAAUACGAGUGGAAUCUUCGACAGGAGGAGAUGGAUGAGAGCGAUGAUGAUCUGGAUGACAAACCAAGCCCAGUCAAGAAGGAGCGCUCGCCGCGGCCUCAGAGUUUCUGCCACUCCUCCAGCAUCUCCCCACAGGACAAGCUGGCCUUGCCGGGGCUCAGCACGCCGAGGGACAGACAGCGGCUCUCCUACAGCGCCUUCACCAACCAGAUCUUUGCCUCCACAAGCACAGACUCGCCCACGUCACCGACUGGGGAGGCUCCUCCGCUGCCUCCUAGGAAUGCCGGGAAAGGUCCAACUGGCCCACCUUCAACACUCCCUCUAAGCUCCCAGACCUCUAGUGGCAGCUCCACCCUGUCCAAGAAGAGGCCUCCUCCCCCACCACCCGGACACAAGAGAACCCUGUCCGACCCUCCCAGCCCACUACCUCAUGGGCCCCCAAACAAAGGCGCAGUUCCUUGGGGUAACGAUGUGGGUCCAUCAUCUUCGAGCAAGACGGCAAAUAAGUUUGAGGGGCUCUCUCAGCAGUCAAGCACCAGUUCUGCAAAGACUGCCCUUGGUCCAAGAGUUCUUCCUAAACUACCUCAGAAAGUGGCACUAAGGAAGACGGAAACCAGCCAUCAUCUCUCCCUAGACAAAGCCAACGUCCCACCCGAAAUCUUCCAGAAAUCAUCCCAGUUGGCAGAGUUACCCCAGAAGCCACCACCUGGAGACCUGCCCCCAAAGCCCACAGAACUGGCCCCCAAGCCCCAAAUUGCAGAUUUGCCACCUAAGCCAGGAGAACUGCCCCCCAAGCCACAGCUGGGUGACCUGCCACCCAAACCCCAGCUCUCAGACUUACCUCCCAAGCCACAGAUGAAGGACCUGCCCCCCAAGCCACAGCUGGGAGACCUGCUAGCAAAAUCCCAGGUGGGAGAGGUCUCGCCCAAGGCCCAGCAGCCCUUGGACAUCCCUCAGAAGUCACACCCUGUGGAUCUCUCCCCAAACGUGCAGUCCAGAGACGCCCUCCAAAAGCAAGCAUCCGAAGACUCCAACGACCUCACACCCACUCUGCCGGAGACGCCUGUACCACUGCCCAGAAAGAUCAAUACGGGGAAAAAUAAAGUGAGGCGUGUGAAGACCAUUUAUGACUGCCAGGCAGACAAUGACGACGAGCUGACGUUCAUCGAGGGAGAGGUGAUCAUCGUCACGGGCGAGGAGGACCAGGAGUGGUGGAUUGGGCACAUCGAAGGACAGCCUGAGAGGAAGGGGGUCUUCCCCGUGUCCUUCGUGCACAUCCUGUCUGACUAGCAGGAAGCAGUCCUUCCCGAUUGUCCACAUCCUUCCUGCAGACGCCGCCUCCAUGCCACCCCAUGCACCACGUGUAUAUAGCUGCUGUUACAGAACCCCAAACUCACGCAAGGGCCACCUCCGGAGGUGAACGUAGUAUGUGUGUAAAUAUCCUGUGGUAUUCUGCCUUUGCCAGUAUUACGGUAGCCUUGGAACCCGGCGCGCCUUACCGGUUUGCCAAAGCCAUGCUUGGCAUCUAGCACUUACGUCUCUCUCUAUGCUGUUUCACAAGCAGACAAACAGGAGUAUACAAACUGCUGGCUUUGCAAGUAGAAGUGGUCGCCAGCAACCAUUGAAAGGCCUAGAAUUGACUGUUCCUAACAGUGCAGUAUUCUCAGUUGUGUUACUGAAAAUGCAACAUUAGCAAAGAGGUGGGUUCUGUUUUCCAGGUGAAACUUUGAGCUCCAUGACAGACCAGCCUGUAGUUAUCUGCGUACACAGUUUACAGCUCCAAACACCAACUUUGGUAUUUAUUACAGAGAAGUGCUCAGUUCAAAGUAAAUGUUAUUCCUUCAGCAAAACAGUCACUGACCCAGAACCCUUGGUGGCAUUUUACAGUGCACACGCCCUCAUGCAAGUGUAGACGAGCGGAUUUCUCCUGUCUUACAGUGAGUGCCCACCCCUGAGAUAUUACCUCAUUAUGCAGAAAUAACAUGUCCUUCAUGACUAUUUUGACAAAAGUUUCAAACACAUUUGAUGAAGUUUAACUUUCAGGAACCAAGACCGCCAGAAAACAUUAGGCUUUGCUCUAUGCAUGCGUUAGAAGCUUACCCGAAACCUGCCUUUUAUAAAGGAAUAGUACGGAUCGGUGGACUGUACGUUUUUUAAACUUGAUUGCCAUUAAAGCAGAAACUAUAAGGUUGCAGCAGUAUGUGUUUCUAGUCAGUCGUUUGGCUUCCUCCAGAGUCUGAAUUGACAUAGCGGGUUAGGAAGAAGCGUCCCUCAACUGUGGCAGAGUAUACAAGGAGUCCAUUUUAAAUUAUUUUCUUAGUUUUGUUCUUCAAUAAACUUAAACUUUUAGAAGAUUAUUCAAGAAGACGAAGAAUUUAAAAUGCAGCCUUUCUCACGGUUUCCCCAUUAUGGAACCCAGGUGCUGGAACCAACCCUUUGCCCCAUGAUCUUUAUUACACCACAUUUGUAGAUAUCCUUUCCAAUCUUGAGCUCUCGCCAACAUACAUGUUACCUUCGAGUCAGUUCAUAACCCAGUUUCUGAACGCUGCUGUGAAUUGCACUGUGAACAGACACGCUUCCUGCCAUUAGUCUCUCCCUCUCGUCCUUCUGUUCGUCCGGCCGCGUCCAUCAGACCAUUGAGCUCAUAGUGAGUGUUACAGUCUUGUCACAUCCGUUUGAACUCUGGGAAAGGAUACAGUAGUUGCACUCCACGGUCAGUGGGACUGUUCUGAUUCCGAGGCUCAUGUGUGGUUCUGGCGUUACAUUUGCUUACACACUACCUUGGCAACAGCACAGAAAACUCCCAUUUUUAAGCAGAUAGUCUUGGCAAUGAGGGAGACUCGUUCAUUUCACAGAAGCACAACUCCCAGCCACACACCCUUAGGAAAGGCCCUCUUUCAUAGAGUCAGAGUGCUCGGUGAAUAGGAAUUUAGUUCUGCUUAAGUGAAUACCAUGAAAACCUUGACUCAACCAGCUAAUAAGUAACCCUUGCAUGACACCCCUGCCAAGUAUUUUAUCAGCUGUUGUUGGAAAGUGACUGUCAGCGGUCGCUUCAUUGGGGUCAGGGCAGGCGGAGUGGACGUGCGGGUGGGUGACCAGCACUGAGGCCACCCUCGGCACCUAAGUCACACAGGUGUCCCAACAGGAAGUCAGGGCUGAGGUGACUUGGUGUCCCACCUCAUUCAGUCACAUGUUUUAAGCUACAUCAAAGAACUACUCAUUUUUGUGGUCUAGACUCUUUUCAACUGAUCUCCACAUAAACUGGUUUAAAAAAAAAACCAUUAAACUGUGUGUAAAAUUACAUGGAGUCAGUGUCUUACUAUUUUUUCCCUUGAGCGGCACAACUUACACAAACACGUUUUUUGAAUCUCCCUCCUUUUUUUUCUGGUUUUGUUUUCGUUUUCCAUCAGGAAUUUGAGUUCUCUCUAAUCCAGCUUACUGUGGGACAUAGGAAAAGUAGGUAGAGAUACCUUUGGUGAUCUUGGUUGAGUUUAAAUCCAAUAUUGUUCUUAAACUCAGUGAGCCACUAUCCGCAAUUUUGUAUAUGAUAUAGUAUUUUGAAGGUAUGGAACCUUAUGGAAAAAAAAAAAAAGCUAAUUAGUUCUUUUUUCUUUCCCCCAGAGGGGAGUGUCAUGUUCUGCAAAUAGUGUGUGUCUUAUUUUACUGUUGAACAGCAAUUGCUAUUUAUUUUUUUAUUGCCUAGAACUUCAAUGUGUUGUAUAGGAACCCCACGGUGCCACGAGUUAAGUUCCGAAUUCUCCUCUGGAUAUUCAGCUCAGCCAUCAGUACGCUUGUCAUUUCACAUGUAUUUAAUGUGACAGUUUUUCAGUACUGUAUGUGUUCAUUUCUACUUUUUUUAAUAUUUAAAACUGCUUUUAAAUAAACAUACUCUCAGUUGAUCCCAAA